CUCAAGUUACACUUCAUAUGCUGAGCUAGCUGCAGUUCAACCUGUCUUACCUGUCAGAUCCUCGCUCUCUCCUCUCACUGAGACCUGACAGGCUGAUUGCACUGUGCUCAAAAAAGCUAUCACUGUUUACUCUUUCAAGCAACACAGCGUGGAAAAAUGGCACUGAACCAGGGCAAUUGUGCAGCAGCCAGCUCAAAAGAUGCGAAUGGUGAAAAGCCCAGGAAAGUAGCCAUCAUCACUGGCAUUACUGGUCAGGAUGGGUCUUACUUGGCUGAAUUUCUUUUGGAAAAAGGUUACGAGGUGCAUGGUAUUGUUCGACGAUCAAGUUCUUUCAACACAGGGAGGAUUGAGCAUCUGUACAAGAAUACGCACGCUCAUACAGAAGGAAAUAUGAAAUUGCACUAUGGUGACCUUACGGACAGCACGUGCCUAGUUAAAAUAAUAAACGAAGUGAAGCCUUCUGAAAUAUACAACUUAGGAGCGCAAAGCCACGUCAAAAUUUCCUUUGAUCUUGCUGAGUACACUGCUGAUGUUGACGGAGUUGGCACGUUACGUCUUCUUGAUGCCAUAAAAACCUGCGGCCUUAUUGACUCUGUGAAAUUUUACCAGGCCUCAACAAGUGAAUUGUAUGGCAAAGUUCAGGAAAUCCCACAAAAGGAAACAACACCUUUUUAUCCUAGAUCUCCAUAUGGUGCAGCCAAGCUCUAUGCCUACUGGAUUGUGGUGAACUUCAGGGAAGCUUACAACCUUUUUGCUGUUAAUGGAAUACUUUUCAACCACGAGAGUCCACGAAGAGGGGCAAAUUUUGUAACCCGAAAAAUUAGCCGUUCAGUAGCAAAGAUUCACCUCGGACAGAUGGAGUGUUUCAGCCUUGGAAAUUUGGAUGCCAAACGAGAUUGGGGUCAUGCCAAGGACUACGUUGAGGCAAUGUGGCUGAUGCUGCAAACAAAUGAGCCUGAAGACUUUGUCAUAUCUACUGGGGAGGUCCACAGUGUCCGUGAGUUUGUUGAGAAAGCUUUUAAGCACAUUGGAACAACUAUUGUGUGGGAAGGCAAGAAUGAAAAUGAGGUGGGCCGCUGCAGUGAAACCGGCAAAAUCCAUGUGAGAGUCGAUCACAAGUACUACAGACCCACUGAAGUAGAGUUCCUCCAAGGAGACUGCAGUAAAGCAGCUGAGAAAUUGGGCUGGAAGUGCAAAGUUACCUUUGAUGAACUUGUAAAGGAGAUGGUAGAUGCCGAUGUGGCGCUUAUGAAGUCAAAUGCAAAUGCAUAAAUAUGGAUAGGCGCGCAACAGUACAGCCUGCCAGAGUUACUCUGUAUCUUUAUCUACAGACACCGCCAAGUAACUACUCCCCCACAUAAUUCUAUCCAUCAUUAUAUAUUUCUCCAUUACACCUGAUCUUGCUGCCAUAUGAUUUCUAUUAUACUGUAUUAUAUUAUACUUUUUUGCACACACAUUCAUUUACUGUUACAUUUAUUUUACACUUUAAGGGCUUUUAUUCAACCAUUUUUAACAUAAUAUUUUUUUCCAACAAAUCUUUAUUGAAGAAAUUAAGAGGAAACAUAUCAAAUCUGUGCUCUCAAUGACAAUAAAGAAGGUAAGAGAAUGACACGCGGGUCACACGAUACCAUUACAGAUGGCAGGUUUACUCCAAUUAAACAUACAAUUACCAAUCAGUGGCCUGUGACAACAUUAACAAGUAACUUUAUGCAAUUGUAUCAGGACAACUGUUGUGAAAUAAAUUGGUAAUCAACUAUAGUUUCAGAAUUUCUAUAAUUAUUGAUUUGUGUAUCUUGUUAUUUUGUAGGCAAUUCAUGUGCUAUCUUCUUUCUUAUUAAAUCGCAUUUCUAUGAA